AUGGAUCAAAGUAAAGAAAAUAAAUCAUAGAAUUCAUAAAAAAAUUAGUCUCACAAAAGCUUUAGCAGCGUCGAUGGGACUCCUUUAGGAAGAAUCAAAAAAGUAUCUUUUGAUGACUCUGCAUUAACAAGAUCAAAAAAUGAUACCACUGUAGAUUCUAGUUCUUGCACAUCACCAUAUAUUGAAUUGAAUUUGAAGCGUAUUAGCUAAAUGCAGUAUUUUGAAAAAGAAUUCUCUUUCGAAAAGUUUACUAGUGGCGAUAUUAGGUAAAUAUCUCUUACUGUUUUAGGUACUGAAAGUAAACUUUUCAAGUAUAAAACUUAUAAAAUUGAAGUUAAAUCUCCAUUUUUUCCAGAUAUUCACUGUUUUAGAAGAUAUAAUGAAUUUCAUGCAUUAUAUAAAGUGCUCAAGCUUAAGUAUUAGAAUAUACAAUUACCAAGCUUCCCUUCAAAGUAUACUGUAAUUAAUAGAACUGAAAAGAGGAGAGUUGCUUUUCAUCGCAUUUUGAAUGGAAUUUUAGAAAUAGCGUAGCAACAUUAAGGGCAGAUAUAAAAAAAUAUUCUUUAGCUAUUAUAUGUAUUUUUGACAAAGGAUUUAAGCGGAAAGUAGACAAAUAAAAUUGAGAUUAGCCCAAAUUAACAUGCAGGAUCGUUUGAUGAUAUGUCUGAAUUUUCAAUGAAGCAAAUUAUUGAAGAGUAUGGAGAUGAAGUAUGUGGAGACAUUUAAAGUAUUAAUAGUGAGGAUAGUCCUCAAUAAAAUUAAAAUUCUAAAUUCUUCGAUGAGAGAGAAGAAAAAGACCAAAUUGAUGAAGACUUAAGUGAGUUUAACUUGUCAAAAAGUAUUUAAAAUUCAAGUUAAUAGAGUUAAAUUUAGCAAUAAGUAAGCUUAGACUCUUCUUCUAUAGAAAAAUCUGCUUCUUAGUAAAAUAAAAAACUAUCUAUUACCCAACAAAUGUCUUUGCCAGAUAGUUAUAUGUAAGAUCCUCUUAAUUUAUCAUUUGGAACAGGAAUAAGGGACAGAUCUACUGCUUAGUAACCUAAAAAAUUAUCUUUACCACCAGAUAUUGCUAUACUAAAAUCUGGUUCUAUGGCAACUCUUAUUAGCCACAGAAAUUAGUCUGAUGAAAAAAAUAAAAGCAAAUCGGAAAUAAGGACUUUAGAUAAAGCUAGUUAAAUGGUCAUAAUUGAGAAAUUUAACAAUAUAAAAGAAGAAAAAGACUACUGUGGAUACGUGUAAGUGAGUCUCUAGAAUGACACCAAGAAAGUACUCUAUGGAAGAAUAGUUUAAAAUACACUUUAGUUAUUUCAUUAAAUAUUUGAUAAUCAUUUUGCUUGCUUGAUUAGCAUUUAUGAAGCUAAUAUAUAAUUCCAUCCUAAAAAUAGCCAUAUUAUUGAGAUUUUUCAUGGAUAUGACUCAAAAAAAAUAUAAAUUUGCCUAUAAAACGACAAGUUCGAAGAAUACUAUCUGGAUAAAGAAGACAAAGUCAAAGAUAUUAACGAUUUCCUAUCUGAUUUCUUAAAAAUGAAAGAUUAGAAUUCUUUCCUUGACGAUGAAAAUAAUAGAGGAAAUAUAGAAAAAUAUUUUCCACCUUCUGAUCUUCAAAAAUGGCUAGUUUAACUCAAAAUUGCAUCAUAAAAAAAAUAAGAUAUUAAUCUAAAUGACUUUGUGUUUGAACCUAUUGGAAAGGUUUACUUAACUAUACAUGAAGUUAUUAACUUUAAAUAUAUUCCUCCUAAUUCUACUGUUUUUAUAAGAAUCAAAUCGAGUCCUUUUAUAUUCUAAACAAAAGAAAACAUCUCUGAUUCUCCUAAAUGGAAAUAAGACUUUAUUUUUCCUUUUAGUAAUUCAUACGGUCUAAUCACACUAGAAGUAAUUUCUGUGAUCAACAAAGGAUGGAUUAAAGAGAAUUUUAUUGAAAAAAUAUUAGCCUCUGUUUCUAUCUAAAUAGCAGAUAUUCUUGGCCAUAAUCAAGACACUGUUUUUAAAAAAAUAAAUCUACCUUUAGAUAAUACUGAAUAAAGAGUAAAGUAACUUGUUAAGGACGGAGUAAAAGAUUAAAAAGAAUAAGAAAUGCAAAUUAUAGUGAGCUUAAGAAAUUUGUCAAAGUUUGAGAGUAUUUUUGCUGAAAGUUCAAACAAUAUUUAUGAUGGAGUUAAGAUGAAUGAGUAGCAAAAAAGUAUUAUGAGAUAUUAUAAAAUAAACUUCAAUAGAUAUAAGAGCUUAUGCGGCCAUGUUUUCUUAUUUAUUUGGUCUUUUAAUGAUAUUUUCUAUCAAAAGUACCCUAAGUUCUCUAAACUAAUGAUUGCUUUGAUUUUGCUCUAUAUAUGGAAUGCUGACUUAAAUAAUAUUUUGCAACACCUAAUAGCCCUUUUCUUCUUCAUCAUCAUAGUCCACAACCCAAAAAUUUAUCCUUACUAUAAACAUUUUACAGAAAAGCACUUAUUUUCUGAAAAACACCCUUUCUAUCAUGAACCACAACUUUACACUAAAAAAAUGAACGAUUAUAUUAAGAUGAGUUAGUGUCUUUCUAAAAUAAAGAAAUUCAAAAAUGACAUCAUAGUUGAAGAAUAAAUAUAAUUUACCUUGUCUUAAACCUAUUAGCAGCUUAAAAAGUCUUUUUACCUUCUUCAUGAGUGGAUAAGUGUUGUGGUUAACUAUUGUGAAAAAUUCAAAAAUUUGCUUACUUGGAAGGACUAAAAUCGUACUUAUUAGUUCUUCAUUUUCCUAAUAUUUUUAUAUGUAGUCUUUACUCACAUACCCAUUAGAUACAUGCUAUUCUUUGGAAGUAUUUAUAAUUAUUACAUCGGAAGGUUAGUAUAUCAAAAAAGAUAUGAUAUAAAUAAACAGUAGGGUAAAAAUUUAAUUAUAUAUGUCUAUAAGAAGUACUGGCAAGAAUAUAGAUCAUGGGAAUAAAUAGAACAUAUAAAAUAUCCAAAUGAGCAAAUAAAAAAAGCUUUGAUUGAUGACGGACUAGUCCAUUUCUAUCUUUGGAUUACUAAUGAAAAUUUACAGCAGUUUGAUACACCAUACAAAUUAAUGAUGGCUAUUGCAACAGUUCCGAAAAAGUUAUUUAUGAAUAAAAUAGAAGGACCUCACUAAAGUACAGAAAUAUACAAAGAAUUACAAUAAAAUAGCAAGCUAAGACUUUCUAAAUACCUUACAACAGUAAAAAUUUGGAAGAAUUUCCUUUACAAUAUUCCUAGUGACUGUUAUCGUAUUCUUCACCCUAAAAUGAUUUGA